CAUCCCAAACAUGGCGGCCUACUUGAGCCGGUUGCACCACAUUUCCCUGCAGGUUUCAAACGUGGAUAAAGUCGCUCACGAGCUCGUGUCGCGGUUCCAGUUUAACGUGUUCGCGGCGCGACGGACAGACCGGGCGAAGCAGCUCGCGCUCCGCAGAGGAUCCGCGGUGUUCGUGGUGAACGAGAGACCGAGUCCGAGUGACUGCGGCGCUGUCAGAGAUCACCGGGACGCGGGUUGUGUGUUCGGGACUCAUGAGCACUACCCGGUGGACACCGUUAGUAACGUGUGCUUCGAGGUGACCGAUGUACCGAGCGCGAGCCGGGCGCUCCGGGAUCAGGAUGGGUGUGAGUUCCUCCAGCCGCCCGCGGAGCUUCAGGAUGAUUGUGGCCGGGUCACCUUCUCCAUCGUGCGCUCCCCGGUGGGUAACGUGUGCCACACACUCAUCGACAGCUCCCGGUACCAGGGCCCCUUCCUGCCCGGUUUCCGUGAGGUGAGCUCAGGCUGUCAGGGUGCAGACCGCUCCCGCUGUCCCAUCACUCACUUCGACCACAUCACUUACGCCUGUCCGCGGAGCAGUACUGUACACAUCACCAACUGGUAUCGGAGGAACUUUGGCUUCCAGAGGUUCUUCAUUGACAGAAAUGAGGAUGUGGACGAGGGAUACGUGUUGAACCAUGAUGGGAUCGGCCUGCGUUUGACAGCUAUGGAAUACUGGAAAUGCAGUGAGUCUGGAAUAAAACUGCCCUUUAAGGAUGAAAAGGAGCCGGACUGCAAGUUUGUGAUCGCAGAGUCUCUCCCUGAGCAAGGCAGGAAUCAGGUGGACACGUUUCUGGAUGAGCACCGAGGAGCAGGAAUCCAGCACAUCGGCCUGUACACCGAGGACAUCGUGAAAACUGCUCAAACUCUGAGUCAGGCUGGAGUUCAGUUCUUCUCUCCUCCUCCGGCGUACUACACUGAGGUGGGAAAGCAGCAAGAGAUGUUGGAUGCAGGUUAUGAUCCUCAGACACUGAGUCGAUAUGGGAUUCUGCUGGACACUGACAUCCAGACGGACACAGACAGACAGACCACAGACGGCCAACGGCACCUCCUGCAGGUCUUCACCAAGCCGGUGUUUGCAGAGGACACGUUUUUCCUGGAGCUGAUCGAGCGCAGAGGAGCAACAGGCUUCGGCGAGGGGAACAUCCGAGCGCUCUGGAGAUCCGUUCAGGCCUAUAUGGAGAACGGAGAACAUCAGGAGAGGCAGAGCAACAACCAGCAGAGCAAACAGUGCUGACUGAGCAUCUGCACCACACGCACAUACACACACACACACACACACACACACACACACACACACACACACACACACACACACACACACACACACACCACACACACACACACACACUUAUAGAGAAUACACUGUAGGAAACAACUGUUAAUGAACAGCGUCCGUAUUUAGUGAUUCACCAGUGUUUUCUGUUUAUUUACAGUUGAGAAUUGCAUUAUGGGAUGUUGAUCUCUGCUCUGUCCACUUUUGAUGUCGGAAAUUCAGCUCUACAGUUUAACAAAGUGACUAUUAUUGACAGUUUAUUAGUUUUAUAUAAUAUAAUUUAUCAGAAAUAUAGAGUAAUAAGUCUAAAAAAUAACAGAAUAUGUGCUGCAUUUUGUUACAAGGUGUUUGUAGUGUAAUAUACAACACCAACACAGAUGAUAUAGCACUUUAAACUAUUAAAAAUGUAAACAAAAGUCACUUUUUCCAACUUUUCAAGGUUUAAAAUUAUUGGAGAAAAGAUCAAGAUCCCAUAAUGCUCUUCAAAAGCAGAAAUACAGAAUCCCAAAAUACAGACAUCUACUAAUGUAUGGAUUACUUUCUUACAGACACUAGGAUAAGAUCUACCUGAGCUUUAGAUUUACUGACUGCAGCACCUUUGGGAACAUUUGUGUGAAUAGAAAGUGAUUUUGUCCUCUGUUCAGGACUUUUAGCAUAUUUGACUGUAACAGUCUUCAGUUCAGGCACUUCUAAAAUCAUCGGCUUUAUAUUGAAUGUGAUUUAUUUAUUCAAUAACCAUGAUAAUAAUGAUAUUCCCUAACUGUGAUGGACUGUAAUUUCAUGUAAACCCAUUUGAUGUGACGUUUACAGUGAAAUACAUGCAGGUUUUGUUAAAAUAAAUGGAAACCUCUAAACAACA